AUGCCACCAAAGAUCGUUGCCACCGCGGCUUCUACCCGAGAGAGACGAUCGGUGGUUCGAAUAAAUCUCAACGAGGAUGCAUUCCGAAAAGCCCAAGAGGACGCGGCCAGAGAAGCGGCCGCCAAGGAGGCGGCGCUGCGAAAGUCAAAGUCAAAGUCACCUUCACCCGAUCUAAGUUUCAAUCCAGGACCUAAGAAGAGAAAAGGCGCUAGGGCUAUAUGUGUUCUUGUGAAGAAGCCUACAACUACUGGCAAGAGAAGGACGGGGGCCAAGCAACAGCAAAAGAACGACAUAAAGAAGACAAAGGCUGGCAAAGUAACAAAGAACAGCGGAACUAAAGGUAGAAAGGUCAAGAAGGAGGAGGAUGUGGCUGCUCACGACUCGGACGACAAUGACAUGGAAAGCCCCGAGAGUAUCACGACAGCAGAACCUGCUGUGCCGGCUACGAAGAGAAAGCAGGCUACCAAGGCUAAGGGAAACAAGACUACCAAGGCCAAAGCUACUACGACGAAAGGGAAGAAGAAGACUCCAUCGCCCAACAGAGAACGUGUUGUCAAAUCCCGGACCAUCAAAAAGUCACAGUCGAUUAAAGCGUCUGGGGAGGAGGGCCGUGUUGAGAGUGAUGAUGAAGAGAAUAAAGAGGAUGAUGAUAUGUCAGGCGCGAAUUGGGUGUAG